GCAGAUAAUUCUGUGUUAUUGGAGGUGUUAAUUAUUUGUCACAUUUGACAUCUCAUCGAUCGUGUUAAAAUUAGCUCAGUAAUCCUGCCAAAUAAUUUUCCUCCAAUGCACCAUUUGAUUGUUGAGAUGGUAAAAGUAAAUCCUGUGGGAAAAAAAUGUAAUCUUGCUUUACUUUCGGAUUUGGAUUGGAAUAUUUGUAUCAUGUAUCUUAUUUUUUUUUGUAGUCGCUUCCCAUUUUCUUGCAGAAAUCUUAUCCUUCAAUUGACACUAGUACAAUAAAGCCUCUCUCAUCCAUUAUGGAUAUCAUGGAUGGUUCCUUGAAGGUACCAAAUGUGCGGCAUUCUCAUUUACAUCAUAAUAAUAGGAGUGCACCACGUAAUUUUUAUGGCCAUCAAUAUUCGCGGCGAAACUCUGCCAGCCAUGCUGAAACAUCAACUUCUCGUGGCAAGGGUACUCCUCUACGAAAUGAGCAGCAGUCUUUCAAGCUGGCUACUCAACCCAAGUUGGACUCUGGAUGUUAUACUGACAGUAGGGACAGAUUUUUUUGCAGACCAGAAAGAAUUAGGUCCAGUUCCUCAGCAAUGGAUGCCAUAUCACCCGAUGUUGUGAAGAUGGUAUGUGGAAUAUGUCAGAAGCUGUUGAAAAGGAGGCCUUACAUUCUGGAAAACACAGUAUCUUCCAGUGAUAUUUCCGUCGUGGCAGUUUUAGUUUGCGGUCAUGUUUACCAUGCUGAUUGUUUGGAACAAAGAACAUGCCAUGAAGAUAGGCGGGAUCCAGCCUGCCCGUUGUGUCUAGGCCAUGAUGAUAUGCUUCAAGAGGAUAGUGUGACUGCACGAAUGCUGAUUUUGUAAGAAGAAGAUCAGUAAGUUGGCAAAGACAGGACACGUAUAGUUGAAAAAUUAGGCAACUAAUGUACAUUAAGUACUGAUUUGCAGGCUAGGAAUCUGAAUCUGCAUUCUUUGCAGGUUUUGUUGUUGUUGUUGUUGUUAUUA